AAAUCCGACCAACCUCAAUAGACAGAGGAGGGCCAGUUUAUGCCCCUCCCUUAAAAAAAAGCUGGGUUGGUGCACAGAGUAACACAACUUGGACUCUUCAGUGCUAGUCGGGCGCUUUCGACAUCCACACGCUCUAUUCUUCUCUCAAAGAAGAUUCAUUACUCCUGGGGGAAUUACUGCAGCUUCAGGAAGUCGAAGCUUCUCCAAUUCUCCAAUAGCCUUCGACAGCGCUGCCCUAGGGAGAAGGGGAGGCUGCAAAAAUGAGGAAGCUAAUUUCCUUCCUUUCAUGUCUGAUGCUUCUGGUGACUUUGGUCAGAAGCGACGACAAACAUGCUCGAGAGGAAGAGGCGCUUCGGAGAAAGCUGAUGGAUGGCUACGACAAAUACGCUCUUCCAGAUGGCUUCACCAACAUCAGUUUUACCGGGCUGGACAUUCGAGCACUCACGCUGGACGAAUCGAAUCACAUGAUGGACAUGGAAGUCUGGUUUAAAUACACCUGGGAGGACCCACGACUGGUGUGGAAACCAGAAGAGCACCUGAACAUCUCAUACUUGAGUAUUGGUCCAGAUACAGUCUGGAAGCCUGAUCUCAGUAUCUACAAUGCGCACGGAGCGAAGGACCUUGCCAAGCAUUCCAAAGUGUUACUUCUUGCAUUCCCAAAUGGGAAACUCUUACAUGUCCCAUGGUAUAACAUCCGUUUCACGUGCGUCAUGGACUUGACUUACUGGCCUCAAGAUGUCCACAACUGCACUCUUGUAAUUGGUUCGUGGGUGCACAACGGAUUCAUUAUGGACCUGGUCCUGGACAACUACAAAGUUGCUGUUCCCGGAACCAAUGAAGAUACCGACUUCGUAAACGCCACCUACAGCGAGUUCACAAUAAUCGACUGGAGUGUUGAGAAGUUGCUCAAGUACUACGAAUGCUGCGUGGAACCUUACCCUUCCAUCUGUACCUCUUUUAUCAUCAAAAGGAAUGCACCGGCUUAUACCUGGACUGUCAAACUUCCUGUCGUUUGCAUGUGUCUCCUGACGCUGGUGCUGUUCAUGCUACACCCGACAUCCGGAGAGAAAGUGACCUUCGGCGGGAUCUGCCUUGUCCUGAAUUUCCUCCUCUUGUAUUACGUCACGAAUAAGAUCGGCAGCUUCGCCAUCAACACUCCCCUCAUUGUUCAACUGCUCGGCGUUCAGCUAGUACUCGUGAUGGCGUGUCUGUUUUUGUCUGCAUUUGUGGUGAGAAUGGCUAAGGGUCCUCAUGUCUACGGGUUACCAGGGAUCUUCAGGAAGGGUGUCGCUAGCCUUGCCCGCGCCCUCUUCCUUGGGAACUUUGUUGAUCCUAAGCUGAGCAAAUCAGAGGACCUGGAAGGGGGAACUGGAAAAGUCUCCCCUCACACCAAGGUUGAAAACUCGAGUGUCUGCGAAUGGGUAAUGCUGUCAGCUGUUGUGGAUCGCCUCUCUCUCAUCUCUUAUCUGGCCAUUUGCAUCGUCGUCCUCGUUCGGUUCAAUAGCGUCCUCUAAGGAAGAAGUAAAGGAAAAAAAAGAGCCUGGAGCAAGAGAGAUGACCUGCCAUUUACAGCGGCAGCCUUCUCUGGCAGACGGACGCAGGAUAAUAUCUGGAUAAUAUCUCCCGCUCAGCGUACAAAGGAAACUAGAGUUCAUUGUUUAGCUUCUCCUGCUUUGCUGUUUCGAUUACCCGGAAUAAUAAUUCAUAAUAAAUCACGAUCUAAUGUCACGUCAAUAGCCAACGGCUGUCCUUUAUCAGGCGUCUGUUUAUCAUGAGACGACUGUUGACUGCAAUUUCUUGAUGCCGGCAGUUUUUCAAUUUUUUCGUUGCAGAAUCCAUGGGUUACUAUUAUUUCUUGCAAUAUUAAUGUUUUCCUGUUUAUAUCGCUGUUACUGGCAUCGAUAUCCAUAUCGUUGACUCAUCUUAUGCUAACGCUGAAAUUAUCGGACAUUGUUCAAAGUUGGAAGUGAUGCUUUUACACAAGGCAGAAGAUAAUCAAUAUCAAAUUACAAAAUACCAAUUGGUGUUAAUGUAUUUGCAACGCGCGCUCACCCGGGAUUCUGCUGUUUUAUGAGAGCUUAAUAGCUUUGCCGAAACUUCACAUUGUCCAUUACUGUUAUAAUGCGUCCAAAUAACAUUAAGCACGACCUACACCAUUGUAAUCUAGCAUGAUUUGGUUUUCAUGUGAUGGGAUAUAGAUGAAAAGAAAA